AGCGUCUGAACGCGCGCAUUACGUCAGACGUACAGCGUGGAGGGGGAGGAUCCCGUGACGUCACCGCGUUCACCCUUACGUCGUUGGACUGUGGACGCUGCAACGGCAGUGAAGUUAGUGAGCCAUUUCUGCAAAGUUUUAACCAGAAACGGUGGUUUUAUAAGGUCAGGGAUGUCUCUCACACAGGUGUCCUCCAACAAGUGCGCUGGUGGCUUCCAGAAAGUCUUCGAACAUGAGAGCACGGAGCUCAAGUGUAAGAUGAAGUUCGCCGUCUACCUGCCUCCCAAAGCUGAGACAGACAAGUGUCCCGUCCUGUACUGGCUCUCUGGUCUGACAUGCACAGAGCAGAACUUCAUCACCAAAGCAGGAAGUCAGGUUCCUGCUGCAGAACACGGACUCAUCAUCGUUGCUCCGGACACCAGCCCACGCGGCUGUAACAUCGAGGGCGAGGAUGAGAGCUGGGACUUCGGCACCGGAGCUGGGUUCUACGUGGACGCAACCGAGGAUCCCUGGAAGAUCAACUACAGGAUGUACUCCUACAUCACAGAGGAGCUCCCCAGACUCAUCAACGCUAACUUCCCCACCGACCCGAACCGGAUGUCGGUCAGCGGUCACUCGAUGGGCGGACACGGAGCUCUGAUCUGUGCCCUGAAGAACCCUGGGAAAUAUAAGGCUGUGUCAGCGUUCGCUCCGAUCUGUAACCCGCUCCAGUGUCCGUGGGGUCAGAAGGCUUUCUCCGGAUACCUCGGAUCGGACCGAGACACCUGGGAGGCUUACGAUGCCACGGUGUUGGCGAGCUCGUACUCCGGCCCCCCACUGGACGUGCUGAUCGAUCAGGGGCGGGACGAUCAGUUCCUGUCAGCCAGUCAGCUGCUGCCGGACAACCUGAUCACCGUCUGCUCCGAGAAGAAGAUCCCGGUGGUUUUCAGGCUGCAGCCCGGAUACGACCACAGCUACUUCUUCAUCUACUCCUUCAUGAGCGAUCACAUCAAACACCACGCCAAGUUCCUGAACGCCUGAACGCACCACAGGGAAGAAGCUCCCUCCGGACUUCCUGCAGGAUUCAGUACAUCACAUGUUCAUAAUGAAGAGAGUCAGAAGACUUUGAAGCCUUUAAGUUUGAACGGCACUGAGGUUAGUUUGGGAUAACUGAGCCACAGGAAGUGUUUGGUUUGACCAGACAGUGGAUUUUGCAGAGCUGACCUUUCAAAAUAAAAUCCUCAGAAAAUC